AUGUCGCUGUUGCCGCCGCUGCUCAGUGCGCGCAGGGCGAGAGCGAGGAGGAGACGCCAGACCUGAACGGCUGGGCACCAUUGAAUAAAAGCUCUGCAAGUCUGCAAUAAAAAUGGCCUCCAAUAAAACUACAUUGUGACAAGAAUUAGUGAAGCCGAAAAGCGUACCAGAAAACAAUCUGCCAUUGAAUCAAAGAAUUUUAGUGCAACGGAGAACACAGAUGGAGAUAUUCCCCACUUGUAGCCUGCUUGCCUCAUCACCACACAAAAUGGGAAAGAAACAGAAUGGUAAAGGUAAAAAAGUUGAAGAGGCAGAGCCUGAGGAAUUUGUUGUGGAAAAAGUCCUGGACAGACGUGUUGUAAAUGGAAAGGUGGAAUACUACUUGAAGUGGAAAGGAUUUACAGAUGCUGACAACACAUGGGAACCUGAAGAAAACUUAGAUUGUCCAGAGCUAAUCGAAGCUUUUCUGAACUCUCAGAAAGCUGGUAAAGAAAAAACAGAUGGUGCCAAAAGAAAAUCCUUGUCAGAUAGCGAGUCUGAUGAUAGUAAAUCAAAGAAAAAGCGUGAUGCUGUUGAUAAACCAAGAGGAUUUGCAAGAGGUCUUGAUCCUGAGCGGAUAAUUGGGGCUACAGAUAGCAGUGGAGAGCUUAUGUUCCUCAUGAAAUGGAAAGACUCUGAUGAGGCAGAUCUGGUGCUGGCCAAAGAAGCUAACGUGAAGUGUCCUCAGAUCGUAAUCGCUUUUUAUGAAGAGCGACUAACUUGGCAUUCAUGCCCAGAAGAUGAAGCACAAUAAUUAGUUGCAUUGCUUUUUUAUAUAUAUGAAUAUUAAACCCGGAAAUCUGAUUUAUUAGCAAUGUGAGAAACAUACAUUCUAACAAGAAUCAAAUUUGAUAUUUUUUUGAAGUAGUAUGUUUUGCAUCAACAGCAAGUAAAUAAAAGCUUUCUGCGACUUGUUUCAUUUAUCACAAGAGAGCAUUUGAUACUACUACUUCCUCCAUAUUAGGUAAAAGCUUUUAUAAAACAUUCAUAAACUUCCAUAGUUAUUAAAGAAUCAUAAUGAAUGUUUAAACAAACUCACAGAUGUUUUUGUAGUCUUCUAUACUAUUGAUGUGCAUGUACCUCCUUUACCCAAACCUAGCCCUUUAAAAUUGUAGAAUCAUUCUUUUUAGUAUUUGGGAUCACCUGGUCUCAAGACCAGGUGAAAACUAACUUUGUAGUAAUUUGAAUGUUAUCAGACUGUAUAUUGUUUACUUUAUUGUAAAUACUGGUGAACAGUGGUCAAUAAAAUAGUUUUAUAUUCUUCCUUUA